CUGCCGUAAGCGCUGGGUCAACCACGUGAGUGGGGGACUCAAGAAAGGCCCCUGGGCUGCAGAGGAGAAUGCGAAGCUCCGUGAAGCUGUGCAAACGUUUGGCCAACGUUGGACUCUUGUUGCAGAGGGAGUUGGAUGCCGCAGCGCAGACCAAUGUGCAAAGCGAUGGCAGCACCAUCUGGACCCUCAGUCGAAUCGGAAAGAGUGGACGAAAGACGAGGUUGGUCAAAUGAUCAUUUGCUUCUGUGGCGUGCGGGCCGGCCCGCGCGCACCGUUCUGUGUGUUAUGGCAGCGCUGAAAACAACCCAGGAUGACCAAUUGUUGCGAGCAGUGCAAAAAUCGGGCCGCAACUGGAAGGCAAUCCGGGACCAACGUUUCUUUGGCCGUUCUCGUAACGAUGUAAAGAACAGGUACACGAUCCUCAUUCGACGCGGGUCGUCCUCGACAUUGGUCACCCUUGCAGAUCGGAAUACGAUAGAUGUCGAAAGUGACGAGGAUGAUGACCAACACAGAUUCAUAAAUGUUGCAGGAGAUGACGACGAUGAAGAAGAGGAAGAGGACAAUGAUGAUGAAGAUGAAGAUGACGGCGACGACAACAACAAUACGAACAACGGUCACGACGACGAUAUCUUGAAGACAAACAUUGGUUUCGCGGCCGAGGAAACCGGUCAAGACCCCAUGGGUCUUGACCAAUAUCUCACACCCUUUCCGUCUUUCGGUUUCACUGCAAGAGCCGCAACCAUAACGCCAACCGAACAUAUCUUUUCUCUUCCAUUCUCCGUGAGCAAUGACAUGCAUCUUGACACUGAUAGGGUCGAGCAUAACUACCCAUUCGAGGCCACUCCGGAUCAUUCGAUCUGCUCACAAUGACACAUAUUGAGCCAACCGUUAGCAACGCACCGUGGUCCAUACCAUCCGGAUUAGCUCAUACAACGCCAGUGCCCAAGGACUCCCUGCUCUCCCAACCCCCUCGUCAACCACAGCCACUUGAGACAUCGACCUAUAAGCGCGUUACUCUGGUUCUUGAAGACUACGAGAAAGGAUUGAUGGAUCAGUUGCUGCAGAUUGUGAGCACGAGCCAAGGGAAGUCGCAGAUA